AUGGAAGAACUCUGCAGAUCUUUUGACAUCACAGACCUUUCGGCAGAAGACCUAGAAGAUGUCAGGCUCAUCUUGAAGAUGAAGGUCUACGCCAUCGUCUCCAUCUCUGGCGACCCCUUCAUCGACCCCAACAGAUGGUACUCCACCGCCGUCGACUACCAAGGUAGGACAUGCCCCAGAUGGGACAACACCUUCUUCCACUUCACUCUCCAUGAUCCCUCCCUCUUCUCCAACCGCCUCCGCCUCAUGUUUAGAUUCUACUGCGAACGGACCUUCCACCACAACCGUUACAUAGGAGGAAUCACCGUUCCAGUCAAGUGCCUGUUCGACCUUGCCGGAGUGCUCGACUCCUUCUACCACGUCAGUUUUCCUGUGAAGCUCCCCUCAGGCGGUGAAAAGGGUUUUCUCAAGCUCUCCUUCCGGUUCGGGCAGUCCCUCCCUCGCAUCAUACGGCCGGCACCGCCAUGGCCGCCGCAGCAGCUGCCGAGAAACAACACCUUCAACCAUGAAGAGCCACCUCAACUUUACAGUGGGUACCCUUCAAACGACCCCUGCAGUUACAUCCAUAGCCGUCAACAAGCCUGCAAUUAUGAUGAUCAACGCAAUGAUCUUCACACAAAUCAGGUCCAGUGCGCUUCAUAUAAUUUCCGGUCAUGCAGUCUUCCAAGCGCACCGAGCUACGACCAAAUUAAUUCUAGCGGGUCUUUCCCGAGUUCCUUUAAACAUUAUCCAGAUAGCGAUAAAGAUGACGCAUAUUACUCUUCUGGUUCAUACGAUGAUGAAGCCGACCGGUGA